UUUUUUUUUUUUUUUUUUGGGGUUGCUUUUUUGUUUUUUUUUUUUGUAUCUUUGUUUUUGUGGUAUAAUGUCGUCUUUGCCAGGAACGGUACCGCGGAUGAUGCGCCCGGCUCCCGGACAGAAUUACCCCCGCACCGGAUUCCCUCUGGAAGUGUCCACUCCUCUGGGCCAGGGACGGGUCAACCAGCUCGGGGGGGUCUUCAUUAACGGUCGGCCGCUGCCCAACCACAUCCGACACAAGAUAGUGGAGAUGGCCCACCACGGGAUACGGCCGUGCGUCAUCUCCCGACAGCUGCGGGUCUCCCACGGCUGCGUGUCUAAGAUCCUCUGCCGCUACCAGGAGACUGGAUCCAUCCGGCCCGGCGCCAUAGGAGGCAGCAAGCCCAGGCAGGUAGCCACGCCGGACGUGGAGAAACGGAUAGAGGAGUACAAGCGGGACAACCCCGGCAUGUUCAGCUGGGAGAUCCGGGAUAAACUGCUGAAGGACGGAGUGUGUGACAGAAGCACAGUCCCUUCAGGUGAGGCCUCCUCUGUGAGUUCGAUCAGCCGUGUACUUCGCGCUCGGUUUGGAAAGAAGGACGAUGAGGACGAGUGUGAUAAAAAGGAUGAAGACGGAGAAAAGAAAACCAAACACAGCAUCGACGGCAUCCUCGGAGACAAAGGCAGUCGGAUGGAUGAAGUGUCAGAUGUGGAGUCAGAGCCUGACCUCCCGCUCAAGAGGAAGCAGCGCAGGAGUCGGACCACGUUCACAGCGGAGCAGCUGGAGGAGCUGGAGAAGGCUUUCGAGAGGACCCACUACCCUGACAUCUAUACCAGGGAAGAGCUGGCCCAGAGGACUAAACUGACUGAGGCCAGGGUCCAGGUGUGGUUCAGCAAUCGAAGAGCCAGGUGGCGAAAACAAGCAGGAGCUAAUCAGCUGGCAGCAUUCAACCACCUUUUGCCGGGUGGCUUUCCUCCCACAGGGAUGCCAACACUUCCAACGUACCAGCUGCCAGAGUCCAGCUACCCAACCAACACUCUGCCCCAAGACAGUGGUGGUACAGUUCACCGUCCCCAGCCGUUACCUCCAUCUACCAUGCACCAAAGUGGUCUGUCCAGCAAUGACAGCAGCUCUGCCUAUGGGCUAGCCUCCAACCGCCAUGGCUUUUCCAGCUAUUCUGACACCUUCAUGAGCUCUGCAGCACCUAGCAAUCACGUCAACCCUGUCAGCAAUGGACUCUCCUCACAGGUGAUGAGCAUCCUGAGUAACCCCAGUGGUGUUUCCUCACAGCCACAACACGACUUCUCCAUUUCACCACUGCACAGCGCCUUGGACUCCUCUCCAUCUAAUGCCAUCACAGCCACCUGCAGUCAGCGUCCAGCUGAGUCCUCCAUUAAGACAGUGGACAGUCUUCCAUCGUCCCAGUCCUACUGCCCUCCGACGUACAGCACCACCAGUUACAGCAUGGACCCAGCUGUUGCUGCCGCCGGCUACCAGUACAGUCAGUAUGGCCAGACUGCUGUGGAUUAUUUGGCGAAGAAUGUCAGCCUGUCCAGUCAGCGCAGGAUGAAGCUGGCCGACCACUCAGCUGUGCUGGGACUGCUGCAGGUUGAGACUGGCCAGGCUUAUUAGCCCUCACCUAACAUAGUCAAACAACAUGACACCUAGCCACCAGCACAACCCCCACCUCCUGCUGCCAUCCAUAUGAACCUCCCAGAGAUGUGUGUGUGUGUGUGUGUGUGUGUGUGUGUGUGUGUCAUAGAUAUAUGUGGGGCUGAUUUUUAGCUUUUUCACAUUUUAUUUUAUUACUGCUUCUCCAGAACGAUGCAGCUGUCUAAGCUUUAAACAUUCCCCAUGGGACCAACCAAAUCCGCAACAACGACUUCCACUCUUACCAAUGUUGUAAAGUGUUUUUUAAUGUGUUCUUAUACAAUAUUAUAAUAUAAUAUAUAUAAUAUAUAAUAAUAUUGUAUUAUAAUAUAAUACUGUAACAAAAUUUGUACACAACAUCAGUGUGUUUAACCGUACUGGAUAACUAUGAAGUAGGUAUAAUUACUAUGUGAAGCCUGAGUGUAACCUGUGCUAUCCAAAACAUAUUUCACAUAACCUGGGACAGAUGUUUCUUAUGAACCAUAAACUCCAUGUCCUCACUAUUUACACGUGAGGAUGACACACAAGUGAUUUCAUGAAAUGUCUGUCAAAGUGAAAGAGCUAAACAACAGAGAAACAGCUCUACCGUGGUCCAGCAAACAACAAAAUGAUGCGUUACACUCAUUGUUUAAUGGUGUUACAGACUGAAGCGUUUUCUUUCUUCUGAAGUUGAAACAUUUAGAACUCAUAUGUGAUUUUGCGUCUGUUCAGAACACAUUCUAACUCCCAUACAGCAGCUUGGUCAGUGAUCCAAAGCUCCAAACUGAUGCUUUUCUUACCCCUGCAGAGUCACUUUGUCAUGUGCAGGGCUCUGCUGUCAAGUUAGCAACAAUACAUAUAUAACAUCCAGUUGGACUUCUCAAAAAGAAAGCUUGCUGACAAAAUUCCACAGAUUAUGACAUGUUACGACCUUGGACUGUCAUUAAUGUGUGAAACAGUUAGGUUUAGGCACAAAAUCUACCUGGUUAGGUUCAGGAAAAGAUCAUACUUUUGGUUAAAAUAAGAAAGAUGACUUAUGUAAAUAACAUAUGUGUGUGUCAUAAGUUAACUAGCUAACAUAAAUUCAAGACAAAUCAUCAAACAUUUUGUUGCACACAGGACUCACAUCCUGGUCUCCACCCAGGCCACUUUUCUCACUUUUUGGACUUUUCUCACUCUUUGUACCUCAUACUUUUUACUUUUAAACUAUACUAACACAUAUCGUACCACUGACCAGGCUGCUAUGUUGGAGCUGUUGAGAAUGAGAACGGCUGCAAAUCAUGCCAUAACACUGUGUAACAUUCAUGUGAAAAACUCUCUGUGUUCACUCUGAACACACCUGAGGGAAACAACCCACUGACUCUGUUAAGUCCGCAUUGUUACUUAAGUCGUGUUUCAUUCCCCGCCGUACUUUUCUGGUUGGGUUGUCGGACAACUGCACAUGUGAUUUGAUUACAGCUCAUGGAUGCUACCUCAUAUUCAAGUAUGUUGUACUUUUGACACAGCAUCACAGAGAAUUUAAACAACACAAAAAGAGCAUUUUCAAGUGCUGGAUCCCAAGUAGACGCAUUGGUCCUGGAUGACUUUUAGUGUUUCAAGUUUAAAAUAUUUUGUAUUUUAUGUUGAACCAAUUAACUUUAUAUCAGCACAAAAUAUUGGCAGCUUAUAAAGAAAAAAGUGUCGGCCGUUGUGUGUGUGUGUGUAAGUAUGUAAGGGAGAAAAACAACUCUGUAGCAGACUGAUGUGGACAAAUUCAGCCAAUCCUGUCUCUGUUGUAACACUGCAGUCCUUUUUAACAACAACAACAACAACAACAACAACAACAACAACAACAAGACCUCCUGAAGAGCUUUUGCAAUUGCUGGAGGUCAAACAAUCUCUUGAUGGAGCAACUGACAUCCAAUGUGACAAUCACACUCCACUUUUGUUGGAUCUGGACAUUUAGUAUCUCUGACAGCUUAGUAUCACUCAUAACAGUUCUUUUUCUCAUUUUCUUUUGAUCUAAGUUAAUUCCAUGUCUACUCAUUGUAUUUAUCCAUGAAAAACACUGGACAGUACUACGACAAUCUAACAUCAGCUAUGAUCAUAUCAGUUUACUUGUUACAACUGGACGAGUUAACGGUCUUCUUCAGUUAACCAGUAUAUCCACAGUUCCUUUUAUAAAUAACUGUUUCAUGCUUGCUAAAUGAAUUCCUUGAGGAAAUAUAA